GGUAUGAUAACGUCGUGUUGCGUAUGUCUCUUCAAUCUUCAGUACUCAGUGUACUCACUACUCACUUCUCAAAUGCUCAAUACUCAAUAUUCAAUACUCAUAAUUCACUUGACUAUAUUAAUAGUAUUUGUUGUCUUCGUGUCUUAAUAGGCCAAUAUUUAAAGACCACCAAAAUGUUGCGCUGCACAAGAUUCUUAAGUAAUUUAGAAAAGAUUAAUGUUGAUUACCCGGAAGAUAAAAUUUUCCAAAUAAAUAAUGAAUUUCUAAGAGUAGUAGAAGAAAUAUGUGAUGGAUUACUUAAUGUGGAGAUUGUAUAUACCUGUUUGACUUUAGAUUCACAUAUGUGUCACAUUAUAAAAUAUUUAUCUUCAAUAAUAAAACAUUUUCAAAAUGUUGAUAUUACUGAACCUCUUGAUGUCAUAAAUUUCACUCUAUUUAUGAAAUUAAGUCGACUUACUACUAAGUUUAAAACUUUAGUAAUAUCAGAAUUAAUUGAUGACAAUUUCAUAAUAAAAAAUGAUGAUCAUUUGUUUAAUUAUGAAAAGGAAGAAUGUAUUUGCAAUACUUAUAAAUCAAAACUAAAAUACUUUAAAACUAAUUCUGAUAAUUCAGAAAUUUACAUGAUUAAUGAGCAUUUUACUAAUUUUCUAAUUGAAUAUGUGAGAUUGCUAUCAAAACUAAAAACUAAAGAUAUUCCACUAGAAAAAAAUAUUAAACUCCUAUUAGAUGUUGCUAGUGACGAGAUUUUAGCAAAAAAUUUUCAUUUUAUUUCAGAUAUUCUUCCUCAAACAACAAAAUUAAUUAUUUUGCAAAAAAUUACAAAUUGUAUUAUCAAACCUGAAUUUAAUUUACAAGAUUGUGAAUUUCUACAGUCUAAAAAUAAAGAUUACAAGUUAGAAAUAUGUGCUGUAAUAUUUUUUACACUUCAGAAUAUUUGUGAACAUUUAGAAAAUGAAAAUAUCAAUCAAUCAUCACUAAUUUUAUCCAAGUUUAAUGUCGAAAGUGUUAUUUCUUUAAUUGAUUCAUCUCCUGAUUUUUUUUUUGAAAGUACUUUUGAAGAAUCAACUAAACUUAUUACUUUUAAAAAAUACAAAAAAGUUAAAGAAAUACCUUCAGAAAAAAUCAAAAAGUGUUUACAAAUUUUAGAAUUAUUAAACAUUUCAUUAAGAUGUCAUCAAGUACAAAUUAAGAAUAGUCCAUUUUCAUUAGUACUGCUAUCCAUUCUUUCAGAGUUUGUUAUGGCUACUAGUCUUGAUAAUUUCAGUAUCAUAAAAUUGAUUACAAUAAUUAUUGGGUUUUUAAAAAUUUGUGGACUUCCUAUGCAUUUUUCUGCGGUAUCUUUUGCGUUCAAUAUUUAUCAGAAAUUGAAAUCUGACGAUGAGCUGGAACCUAAAUUAGUAAACUUGUUUAAAAGUAUAUCAAUCAGGUUAAACAAAGAUAGCUUACAAAAACAAUAUAUUACAAAGGAUUUAGAAAAAAUCAUACAUGGUGAAAACAAUUGGGUAGAUACAGCAAUUAUAGUAUCAUGCUUUUUGGGUGAUCUUCCCGAAACAAGAUUGAUUUCAGAUAAGUGUUUAAUUGAUAUUUAUAAUGAUCUUAAUGAAUAUGUUAUACUUUCUUCCAACUAUAUGUGUUCACAAAAUCAUCUAUUAAUUUACCCUUACUGUAUAUCGUUGAAUUUUUCAAUAAUAAACCAAAAGGAUGAUUGUUUAUUCAAUAAUCUAGCUGUACUUGAUGACUACAUUACUAUUUUAUUCAAUGAAAAUGUAAAAGUGCAAUUAGAAGAUAAAAAAUUUUUUUUAAGUACCAUUUUUAAACAUUAUGAUGUAAUUGCUCACUGUAUACCAAAAGAGUUCUUAUUAAAAUGUUGGGAAUAUAUAUUGAACCCUAUGAACAUGGAUGAUAAAAUUUCUAAAAAGUUAUUGGAUCUGUGUUCUUCUAAUGACUUAAUAAAGUUUAUAAGUAUUUUGAAAACUGAAACAAUUAAACUCAUUGAAGGAAAUGAACCAGCUAUAAAUCAAGAUUAUUAUGAAUAUAUACAUGAAUUAUGGUCUUUUUUACUGAACAUUCAAUUAUUUAAUCAAAAGAAAAAAAUUCGCAAGGAUAAUAUAAAUCAUUUUUGUUUUGUUUUAAAUCGAACUUUCUUAUUUAAUACGAAAAAGAUUCAAACAGAACAAGGUUUGAUUUUAUUAUUAAAAUUAGUUUGUGCGUUACUUCAAGUACCAUGGAUAAACAAAACUACAAUGAUGAAUUGUUCAUUGAGAAUAAUGACUUUUGUUGAAAAAAGUAAAAGCAAAGCAGCACAAUUACUUAUAGAAGCUUCUGAACUAUUAAUAGUCCUUUAUAAAUGUCCAAAUAAUUCUAUAAAACCUUAUUUAGGACUAUAUGCCACUACAUUUGCUAAUUUUUUAAAAAAGUGUUUAUCAUCUGUAUGUCAAAUAUCUACUGACACUUCUCUAUUUGAUAAAAAUUAUUAUAUACCAUUUCACAAACUUGAAAAGUGUUCAAGUUUAUUCAAACAAAAUAAAAGUGAUUUUGAUAUUAUAUGUCGUUAUAUUAUAGAAGAUUUAAUUGAACUUGUUUCAGUAGAAAUUAAUUUUGUUGGAGUAAUUAUGAAACAUUAUUUUAAUGUAAUUUUCAAUAUGAUGGAUGUAUGUUCACCUGACGAAAUGAAGAAGUUAAUGUUGAAUAUUCAAGGACCCUCUUUGCUGAUGUUAACAAAUGCAUACAAAGAAUACAGAUCAAAUGUUAGAUUUACUGGAAGACUUUAAAUUGUUAGUUGUUUAAUCUUUUAAAUUUAAAGUUCUUUUAUCAUUAAAGUGUUCGGUGAAUAUUAUUAUGUAUAUGUCCAACUAAUA